CUAAGGGGGGUGAGGGAGGGGUGACGGUCAGAGUCGAGUGGCUGCGUGCGGGUCUGCAGCGACCCACUCCCCUCGCUCUUGAGGAGGUUCUAUUGAUCUCUGAAGGUUGGGGCUUGAGCCCUGCUGGAUAGAAAAGCUGUCUUUUUACAGCCAUGCUAACUGCGGGAUGAAGCUAGAAGCUGUUGUUGAGCAGCUGCAGAAGCAGCAACAGCAGCAAAGUCCUCUGCAGAUGGAUUCCAGAGAGAGACAGCAGAGGCAAAUGAGAGAAGCCCAGCUGCUUUAUACUCAGCAGCUGGCAGCACAGCAGGCUGUUCUAGCAGCCACAUCUGGCAGGGCUUCGGGCAGCCAAGCACUUGGUCCUUUGGCCAAAGUUCCACCUGUAAUUGGGGCCACCCGAGCUUUUGAUCAGAGCAGUGUGACCUCAGAACCGGAAGAGGAUGAAGAAGAGGAUGAAGAGGAAGAAGGUUUGGAAGAUGGAGAUCUUGAGGAGGACACUGAAAUGACUGGGAAAGAUGCCUGUUCUACUUUGAAGUAUUUUCAUUCUCAAAAAGUUGCCCAUCACAGCCAAAGAGUGGCUUCUACUUCGAAUCCACUUCCAGCCCCAGGACUUCAGCGGGGACAGCAGGAAAAGGAGGAGCAGGGUAAAGACACUACUAAACAAUCAUAUUCUGGUUCCUCAUCUGGGCGGCAGACCUGGAGAAUGGAUGAGCAGCUCAAACAGAAUGGAAGUCUGACUUGGAGUGAAGAAGCUGAUGGAGGCCGAGGAAGAGAAAUCUCUCGAGAUUUUGCCAAGCUGUACGAACUGGAUAGUGACCCUGAACGGAAGGCAUUCCUGGAUGACCUCUUCAUCUUUAUGCAGAAGAGAGGAACUCCCAUCAAUCGGAUACCCAUCAUGGCGAAGCAGAUCUUGGAUCUCUAUAUGCUCUACAAACUGGUGACUGAGAAGGGAGGGCUGGUGGAAAUCAUAAACAAGAAAAUAUGGCGGGAGAUCACCAAAGGCCUUAACCUGCCCACCUCCAUCACCAGUGCAGCGUUUACACUUCGGACCCAGUAUAUGAAGUACUUAUAUGCCUACGAAUGUGAGAAGAAGUCCCUAAGCUCUCCUGCUGAGCUGCAGGCUGCAAUCGACGGCAACAGGCGGGAAGGCCGACGGCCCAGCUACAGCUCCUCCUUGUUCAGUUAUUCACCCACUGCCACGGGGCCUCCUUCCCUCCUGUCUCCUCCAAAGAUUCGCUUCCCGAUCAUUGGCCUGGCCCCAGGCAGUGGAACCAGCAACUCUCGUCUCUCUCCAGUAGCAGCUCUCAGGAAAGGCAAUGGCAUCCCCCUGACUGUGUCCAUGCCAAAUCGCAUUGCCAUGCCAGUAUCCUUGGCUAACCAGCAGGCAACGGUAGCAGCAAGAACAGCCACUCUGGAACAGCUGAGGGAGAGGCUGGAGGCUGGAGAGCCACCGGAGAAGAAACUCUUGCGGAUGACAGAGGAGGAGCAGCGGCUUGUCCAGCAGGCACUUCAGCGCAACCUGUUCAGCAUGGCGCGACAGAUCCCCAUGAAGAUCAAAAUCAAUGGCAGGGAAGAUAAACCAGAUGCCACGGCAGCAGCAGCAGCAGCAUUGCAUUUGUCACCCAGCGGCAUUGGGAGUAUUAACAUGUCUGUGGAGAUUAACGGCACAAUCUAUGCUGGAGUACUGUUUGCCCAGAAGCCCGUCGUCCAUCUAAUUGCAGGAUCCAGCACCCAAAGCACCUGCAGUAGCAGCAGCAGUUCCCACUGCUCCCCUAGCCCGACCUCAUCCAGGGGCACCCCCAGCGCAGAGCCCUCAACUAGCUGGUCUCUCUGACGGAUGGGGGAGCAGGCUCUCUCUCUCAUUGGCUUCAGGCAGCUCUGCCCUCUCCGUUCAAGGCAGAGAGCGAGCCAGGAAGGAGUCGCACAGAUUACCUCAUCUCAAGGAACCUGCUUUGCGGUUGGUCAAUGGCCAGAUGAUGAAACCUUCUGUGCUGGCGCAUUUGCAUUGCUUGUUUGUCCAGCCUUUUUUAUUGUUUUUUCAGGUUUGACUGUGUUCCUGCUGGGGGGUUGGGGCGAAGGGAAGGGGACAUGGGGCAUUUUUCAAUCAGGGAUUAUCUCUAGGGGCUGUGUGUUUGCAGAUGACUGAGACAUCAUCAUGGCAGGUGGAAGGAGCAAGGAGGUAGUAAUUGGGGUGGGGGAAGGGUUCCUGUUCUCUAAUCAACAGAUGUGUGGACUUCCCUAUCAUAACACAGUGUAUUGACAAUCCUAACCCCAGAGGGACUUUGGUCUCCUUUCCCCUUAUAUUUGUUCCCUCUUGCCAUCACUUGCAGAGCAGUCGUGCAGGUUGAUAGCGAGCAAGUCUCAUCUAGUCGCCCAUUCUGUCUCCGCUGUGUUCAGCCUCCUGAUGCUGUCUCCUUUGUGUUAGACUAGGCUGAAAGGCAAAUGGUCACUAAUGCUGGAUUCACAGGAGACUUGCAUUUCUUCAUCCUUUGGCAACUACCUCUCUAGGGUCCUGGCAGCACACAGAGGACUCUCUCACCUCUGUAUCUGAUACACGGAGAUGGAGAAGAUCUUUUAGUCCAGCUAGUCAUUUCCCAUGGCCAGUGCAAGCCUGAACCCUACUGUUUUUUCCAGGCCUUUGCCCAGCCUAGUUUUAAAUGCCCCAAGCAGUGGCCCUUUCCCCGCUUCCCUUGGGGGAGCAUUGGACAGGCUAAAUAAACUCACCACUGAAGCCUUUAUCCUGAUAGUCAUCCUGACUUUUCUUUUGCUUGAUGUCAUCCCUUUGUUCCUAGUUCUAGCCCCUUGGCCCUCGAUAGAACUGGGUUUUCACCAAAUGGUGAUUUCCUGCAGCGCUUCCUCUCCUGUAUGUUUCAUUAGCCUCUCCAUCCUGUCCCCACACAGACAUGUUGGCUACGGGCCACUGUCACCCAAAGGAGAUACGAGGUGACACUGACAGUCUGCUGAGCUCUGUGUGUGUGUGUCUAUUCAUGUAAUACAUGCUUUUCUCAGUUGGGCUCUUACCAGGUAUGUUGCCGCAUUGUCCGAAUAACAGCCAUCGUUCAUGAGGCUCACCUGGGCAAAAGGGACAGAAGAGCUGGACCUGGGACAGCUCCACAUGGGUGCAUCCCAGUUGAAUGAGGGCACGGGCCUCUGGUUGUGGAGAGAGGGAAGAAAAUCUCCCCCCAUUCCAAGUAGAUUCCCAAUGGGUGGAGCUAGCGCUGCUUUAGGCCAUCAUUCCUCCUUUGUCAGCCAAGUUAGUUCCUUGGCUCACUUCCAUAGACCCAGCUCUUUGCUGCUGCACUCCCCACACACAGGCACCUGUGCUGUCCUCUCCCCUCCUGCAGCACAUAGGACUGCCCGGGCGAUGUUCUCACAGCCUGUGGAUCUGAGCCCUCCCACUCCCACGCUGGUGAUGUCUCUUCCAUCGUGCAGGCCUGAGUCAGGUUCUUUUGAGCAGAUGAAAUACCUCAGAUAUGGACUUGUUAUUGUGUUACCUCUUCAGGAAGUAUUGGCAUAUCUUAAAGCUUGUUUUUAUAUGUGUUUUGCUGACUUUGUUUUUAAUUUUUAUUUUUUAUUGUAGCACCAAAGACAACAAAGCUGAGUGAAGGAGCAUGUGGCUUCCCUGUCCUUAGCAUAGCCUGGAGACAGUUCCAGCAGCAUUGACCCAGGAGCUGGGCAUGCGGACAGGGUGAUAGAGGAGGACAGAUGCAGGUAGAGAAGGAGUAAGAGGGCAGAUAUAUUUCUCAGGCUGGCUUGAGUUUCAGGAUUUCCCCUCAAUGUGAACAGUGGGGUAUCCCCAGAGGGGGACAAGUAGUCCCAACGUUUGUUACAGAACUCUGUGAUCAACUACUGGGCUUAUCUUUAGCAAGUUUCAUUAGAACAGCUUUGAAGAUAACAAUCCUGUCUACACUACAGAUUUUGCUAGACCUCUUACAGCACGGCAGUUCCUGACAUGUUAAAGUACAGUUCACUCUUCUAGUGUGGGCAGGACCAGACACCUGAAUUGUGCAGUAGCUUUGGAUUUUACUGGUAGGAUUCGAUCACACAGAUAAAAAUACACCUGAGCCCUGUUUAUACAAUGAGACCAAACCACAUUGUGUGCUACUGUACCCAAAUGGUGCAUUGUGGUAGUUUUUCAUGGAGCAGAUAGCUAAAUACUGGUAGGUGUUCUAGGUUCUGCUUUCACUUAUGUUGUAAAAGCCUGUUACCAAACUGUGCAACCAUCCCCAUAUUUAGGGGGUUGAAAUACAGUUUGGUAACACAAGU